UUGCCCGUACGAAUUUGAGCUUGUUUGGUCGUACUCAAAAUUUAAUAAUAUGUAAUUUAUUAGUUUUCAGAUUAUUCAUUAUUCGAGUUUUAUUUCGAAACUUUAAAUUCUUGCAUCAAGUGCUGAAGUGACAAGUUGGUUUUUUCGAAAAAAUUAAUAUGCAAGUAACUAAAUAAAGUACUUCAUGCACAAAUUACAAAAAAGUACUAAUAUUGACAGAAGUGAUGUGUUAUCAUUUCGGAUAGAGUUUAAAUUUGCAGGAGCGUUUCUUGUAUAAUCAGUUUAUUCCAUAGUGUUAAAUUAAGGGACAUUGCGGCAUAUCUAAAUCUAAAUAUUGGGAUUUCGAACAAAGUUGGAAAGAGGGUGUGCAACCCCAAAACAUCUCUUCAGAUGCACCAAUUUGGAAAAUCAAAAACAGUUGAACAAUUCAUAAACCGGAUGUACCAUAAGCGAUCGUCGUGGCCAAGGUUUUAAAAAACAACAUGUCACGUUUGCCAAAUUCGUUAUAUGGUUUCGCAAUUGGUCUUCUUGUAUUUUGGUGUGGCACUUGGUGUGUUCAUCUGUUGGCCAUUUGCUACGGGAAAUUUAAGCUUCACAAGAAAUUGUGCAAAUUUCCCAAUGAAGUUCCGCUGCCUGCAGUAUCUAUAUUAAAACCACUCAUGGGCAUCGACCCAAAUUUGGAACAUAACCUCGAAACAUUUUUUGAAAUGGAUUACCCAGUGUAUGAGUUAUUAUUUUGUAUAGAAGAUAGCGUAGAUCCAGCUAUUAACAUUGUACAAAGCUUAAUGACGAAAUAUCCUCAAGUGGACGCUUCUUUGUAUAUGGGUGGCACAAACGUCGGCGUCAAUCCAAAAAUUAAUAACAUGCAGCCUGGUUACGUGGCUGCUAAGUAUGAACUGAUCAUGAUAUCAGAUAGUGGCAUUAAAAUGAAGACUGAUACGCUUCUUGAUAUGGUAAAUAACAUGACAGACAAAUAUGCGCUCGUACAUCAAAUGCCGUUUACAUGUGACCGUGAGGGCUUUGCUGCUACUUUUGAAAAGAUAUUUUUUGGUACAGUACAGUCUCGUAUAUAUUUAACGGCUGAUUUAUUGGGUAUCAAUUGUCAUACUGGCAUGUCUUGCUUGUUACGGAAAUCUGUAAUCGAUGAACUAGGUGGUUUGAAAACAUUUGGUUGUUAUCUAGCCGAAGAUUUCUUUAUCGCCAAAGCCAUUCGAGACAAGGGAUGGAAAAUGCGCAUAAGUAAUCAACCGGCAUUGCAAAAUAGUGGAAUUUGUGAUGUAAACAGAUUCCAAGAGCGCCUCAUACGUUGGGCGAAAUUACGCGUAGCCAUGGUACCGACAACAAUACUGUUAGAGCCUCUCUCCGAGUGCAUGGUAUUAGGCGCCUUAGCCUCAUGGUCUGCAUCGUUACUAUUUAAUUGGGAUCCAUUAGUAUUUUACUUAGUGCAUAUACUCGCGUGGUUUCUUUCAGAUUGGAUAUUACUUUCUAUUGUGCAGAAUGGUUCAUUGACAUUUCAUAAGUUUGAGUUCGUCAUUGGUUGGCUUUUUAGAGAAAUAAGCGGUCCUUACCUAUUCCUUCAUGCGCUUUGGAAUCCAGCUAUUAGAUGGCGCAGACGAACUUAUAAGCUUCAGUGGGGUGGAAUCGCCUAUGAGUUACCAACAAGCAAUACGAAUAUGAGUACAAAACGUUUACUAGUAUCAUAGCAUAAGUUGAUGAUGCCUAAUUAUCAGCAUCUUAAUUUUAAUACGCAAAACAAUAGUAAUAGUACGAAUAUAUUUUUUUGUGUAAAGUUAGGAUCGCCUUUUUAAGAAUUUUACGUUGAUAUAAGGUAUAUUUUGGUUUAAAUGUAUAUCUAUAUGUUGAAUCGGAGUUUCUUUUAAGAAGUACCCUAAAAAUAUAUAAAUGUAAGUGAAAAAGAAGGAAUGUAUGAAGUAUUAUUGUAAGUAGUCUAGCUGUAAAUUUUGUAAUGCGUAAAAUAAUGACGUGUAACGUAAAAAUCAAUCUUAACAAAUGCUAAAUAGAAACAACGUUACAGUAAAUAUUAUUAAAUUCAUAAUAUAUCUUUGAGAUGGCUGACAAGUUCGAAGCCCAAU